CCGAUUUCAGGUUAUACAGGUAGAAGAACAUCUUUUUCGAGGUGGACAUUCGCCUGACAGUUUCGGUGACCAUUUCAAGUUACGCGCUUUGUUUUUUGUCAACUGCCAAUAAUCUCCUUCUGUUUCUGUAAGAGGCCCACCAUUUUGGUGGACGUUGAAUCGACGCUCGAAUUGUUCCGAAUUUAACUAUUAUUGCGUUGGACAUGUUGAAUCUCCUGUUGUUCUUUUUCGUCGCUCUGAUUGUCUGGUAUUGGAGACGGGAACGCUCUUAUUUUUUCCAGCAAAUAGACAACAUUCCCGGGCCGCUGAAAUUGCCAUUUUUAGGCAACAUCUUGGCACUUCCUCGAGAUGGACCAGGACUCUUGCAGAUAUUUAAUGUGAAAUGGACGAGGGCUUACGGGCAUAUUUAUCGAUUUUGGCGAGGAAUGUUCCCCAUAGUGAACAUAUCAUCUCCUUCUGAUGUCGAGGCCAUUUUGGCUAGUCAGGUACACAUCAACAAAAGCGUUACUGGAGCUUUUCUUUUACCGUGGCUCGGCGAUGGCUUGUUAUUAUCAGGAGGGAAUAAAUGGCGAAAGGAUCGGAAGCUGCUGACUCCCGCGUUUCACUUUCAAAUUCUUGACGGCUUCUUUGACGUGUUUAAUCGCAACUCUCAGAUUUUUGUCGAGCAAAUCAGUAAGAGAAUACUGGACGAAAAUGAAGUUGAUAUUUAUCCCAUGACGUCACGUUGCACUCUGGACAUUAUUUGCGAGGCUGCCAUGGGAAUUCAGAUAAACGCUCAAGUGAAUUACGAUUCUGAAUACAUCAACGCUAUUGACAGAGUCGAAUCCAUGAUACAAGGAAGAGUCAAUUCUCUCCUGGGAUUGCUGCCGGACUGGAUUUACUUUCAGUUCACUCCUCACGGACGUGAAUUUCAAACGUAUUUGGAUAUCGUUCAUAGUUUCACUCGAAAGGUUGUGGUCGCCAGGAAGAAAAUAGUUGAUCAGCAAGAUGCCGAUGCCGAUAAAGUUGAUUGCGACUACUCGGGACCAAAGAAACGACGAGCCUUUCUAGAUUUGUUGCUGGAAUCAGCCCGGAACGGAGAGUCUGAUAUGAGCGAAGCUGACAUCAUAAAUCAAGUUGACACUUUCAUGUUUGAGGGCCACGAUACCACGUCGGCAGCUGUCACUUGGUUUCUGUAUUGCAUGGCUACACAUCCGGCUGAACAAGAUCGGGUUUACGAAGAGCUGUACGAGUGUUUUGGUGAUUCGGACAGGCCAUGCAGUCUAGAAGACCUGUCAAAAUUAAAGUACUUGGAGUGUUGCAUCAAGGAAUCGCUGCGCCGGCAUCCGCCCGUCCCGCUGAUUCGACGCAGAGUUAAUGAGGAUGUCCGCUUAAGUGGCUACAAUGUCCCGGCCGAUACAUCCUUGGGAAUUCAAAUCUAUGCUCUACAUCGCAACGAAGAAUUCUUUCCUGAUCCGGAAGCUUUCAAACCGGAGCGGUUCCAGCCUGAUCAAGUCAUCGGUCGGAAUCCUUUCGCCUAUGUUCCGUUCAGCGCAGGGCCGAGAAACUGCAUCGGGCAAAAAUUCGCCAUGUACGAAGACAAGGUGAUCGUGUCGACUCUACUCCGCCAAUUUCGUUUUGGAAUAGACGUGCACCGGCUGCCCAUCAAAGAGUCACUAAAUAUGAUUCUUAAACCGGAAGGAGGGAUGCCUUUACUCAUCGCUCCUCGACGUUAAACUUGGCCAAUCUAUAUCAAGCUCAUGUAGUGUUUUGUAUUAUUUUCAGCUAGCAUUAAAAGUGCCAAGAUAAACUUGAAUCUAAAUUCAGGUAUAUGACCAUUCUGAAUAUGACCAUUCCAUAUGUUAAUUGUUGGCUUGAAAUGAGAAUACAUUAUUAGUGCUUCAUAGUUCUCUUUGAUUUAUACCAUUACUUUAUCACCAGACUCGUUUGAAUUGAAAACAAAAUUUCGUGAACCCCUACGCAUGUUCGAUUAAACAACAAAUUUGAAACUUUAUGUUUAUUUUGCAAAUUCCCUUUUCCCGUUUAAUUAAAUUUGACAAAAAACAAUGGCUUAAACUUGGCUGUGAAAAACAAAAGGCUAAUACACUUCGUGUGCUAUGCAUGAAUAUUUUCAAAUAUUGAAAUAUAUGAAAAAUGUAGUUUUCUUAGUUUGAACCCGAAGCACUGUUCGAUAGAUUCCUCUUCAACUCGACAAUUUUCAUCGCUUGAUCA